AAAGAGGCAAAAAGAAAAGAAAUAGGCAUAACCUCCGUUGCGGGUUCGGAAGAUGCUGGCGAGUCGUGGGGUUAGGCGCUACGUAUGGAAUGUAUGGCGACACCGCUCGUUUUCGCGGGUUCUUGCUAUGAAAGAAGCUGGAGUGGAGACGAUCGCCUUCCCAAGGGAGAGGGUUGGAUUGAGCUAUACUUUGAACUGGGCGCUUUCAGCCAAGGCUAUCCCACCGUCUGGAGAUGUGUAUGACAAUCUCAAGGACUCGGAGCUCCAGGAUCAUGGUGCUCGUCCACAAGACUCUAUCUCUGGAUCCAAGAUUUUUGCCCGUGGAAGCUACUCCACCGGCGCUAGCGAGAUCAGCAAGGCACAGUUUAACAAGCUAUUCAAGGAGGUGGCUCAACACCUUUCCUCUUGCAGCAAGCUGUUUGUGCAAGAUGGUUCCAUUGGAGCAUCGUCCAAGCAUGUUAAAGUUCGAGCAGUCUGUGACAAUCCUUCGGCUGCGGGGAUUUUGAAAGACACACUGUGCUCCACUGUUGAAAGGGGAGAGUCUGCGCUAUCCAUCUACGUUGCAUCCGCACACAAGACCAAAGCGUUGGAGCUCCCAGAGAACACUCCUUUCAUUGCUGCGGACUACGAUCGCUCGGCCUUGAUCGUUGGUGGAAAAGCUUUCGCCGAUGAGAAGGCUCUGAAAGACGCAAUCGCCGCUCUUGCUGCUCCUGCAAUCGUUGCGAGCGGAGCUCUGCCUCUAACAGCUCGCGUACUCCACAUUAAAGACUCUCAUGUAAUCGUCGCUGGACCGGACUCCAUCCUCUCCAAGAACGAGGCCGUGAUCAAAGCAUCGGUCUUUCCAGAAGAGGGAGUUCUCUGGAAUGCUAGCUUUGGAGCCACGAGAUUUUUCAACACACAGAAAGCCGCUGUGCCAAAGCUCGUCUCCCCAGCAGCUCUUGUGCUCGUCACGGUUGACAGCUCUGGUGUUCUUCCAGAGAUCACCAAGUUGAGCCCUCAGCAAUGUGCCUUCCUCUCUCUGGCCGGCUACGAUGGCAAGACUUACACCCCAGCGUACAACAAGCGCCUGGCCUCCGUCGAUCCGGCUACGCUCGCCACGGAGCUAGCUGCCAUGCUGACUAGAACGAAUCUGCCUGCGUUAUUGGUGAAUGCCACCAGCGGAAAGAAUGUGCCCAAGCUGAUCGAAAGAGCGGCCACUGUUAAAGAGCCAAAGAGCAACGAUGAAGCAGUGAAACAGUGGAGUGAUCGACACAAAGAAUUCGUCGCUAGAUCAUUUCCAGCCUUUGCUCUACCCAGCAUUUAACGCUUAAAGGAAGAAAGAAUGUAAUUUUUCCCAAGCAAUUCAUGCACCUACUUGGCAUGAAA